CGGAGUACGUUUGUUGGUGCGGUGUUUUCGGCAGCUCCGAGUUGGAAUUCAUUUUUACAGUCGCAGGAAGGGCAUUAAAAACCACAAUUUUUCUCUGUGAUUUUUGUCGGCUAAUUAGCAAAAAUAACAUUCGUGAGUUAAGCAGUGCGAAUGCCAUCCAUUAUCUAAAAGGCUACUCAAAGAUACGAAUGCACACAAGAAAGAUACAAAUAGAAGAAAUAUCUAAGCAGAAGAAAAUUCAGUUUGUCGUUGGUAAAGUGAAGAGAAGUGAAGAGGAAGUAGUGGUGACCUGUGCGCGUGUAGUUGUGCUUUCUACUUGCGUGUGUACCGUUCCGUGAGUGCGUCUGUCAGUGUGUUCGUGUUUGUGUUUCCCUCCCCAUUUCGCAGGCGCAAGUGCGAAGAGCAUAGCAUUAGCUCGCUAUGGGUAAACAAAAAAUCUACUGUGCGAAAUGCACUAAAAAGUGUUCCGGCGAGGUGCUGCGUGUUGCCGACAAUCACUUCCACAAGGCCUGUUUUCAGUGCUGCCAGUGCAAGAAAUCGCUAGCCACCGGCGGAUUCUUUACAAAGGAUGGGGCCUACUACUGCAUACCGGACUAUCAGCGGCUCUACGGCACCAAGUGCGCCACAUGUCAGCAGUAUGUGGAGGGCGAGGUGGUCUCCACCAUGGGCCAGACUUAUCAUCAGAAGUGUUUCACGUGCUCCAAGUGCCAGCAGCCAUUUAAGUCUGGCAGCAAGGUCACCAACACCGGCAAGGAGGUGCUAUGUGAGCAGUGCGUGUCGGGAGCGCCCGUUUCGCCGGCACGCCAGCAGGCGGUGAAUUCUGUAAACCAGGCCGCGUCACCGGUGCCUCUGGCGGAGAGUCCCACACGUGCAACGGCACACCAGCAGCUAACGAGCGGCGUCCUUUCGCACAAGGCCCACCUGAAGGAGGACUAUGAUCCGAACGACUGUGCUGGCUGUGGGGAGCUGCUGAAGGAGGGCCAGGCGUUGGUUGCCCUCGACAGGCAGUGGCAUGUGUGGUGCUUCCGGUGCAAGGCCUGCAAUGCGGUGCUCAAUGGCGAGUACAUGGGCAAGGACGGUGUGCCUUACUGUGAGAAGUGCUACCAGAAGGGCUUUGGCGUUAAGUGCGCCUAUUGUAAUCGCUUCAUUAGCGGGAAGGUGCUGCAGGCGGGCGACAACCAUCACUUCCAUCCAACCUGUGCGCGCUGUACCAAGUGCGGUGAUCCGUUUGGCGAUGGCGAGGAAAUGUACCUGCAAGGCAGCGCUAUUUGGCAUCCGCGCUGCGGUCCAGGCCCCUCCGAAUCGGGCCUCAUACUCAAUGGCGGUGCGGGCGCUGGCACCACCUCCGUCGCUGGUGGCGCCUCCAAUGGCAAUUUUACAGACACCGAAUGCGAUCGCAUCAGCUCGAGCGCAUUAAGCGAAAUGUACAUCCGAUCCAGAACACCGAGCUUUAAUGGUUCACUUUAUUCCUCUAGCCGCAAGCACUAUCGCACCGUCAGUCCGGGCCUGAUAUUGCGCGAAUACGGACGACCUAUUGGUGAGGACAUUUCUAGGAUAUAUACCUACAGCUAUCUGACAGAUGCGCCUCACUACUUGCGCAAGCCCAUCGAUCCGUACGACAAGACGCCGCUGUCGCCGCAUUUCCAUAGGCCCGCAUCCUAUGCGACAACGAGCAAUGCCGGCUCGGUGGCAGGAAGUCGGCCUCCGUCGCGUCCCCAUUCGCGCACGCGCAGCGCCAUGAAGGUACUCGUCGACGCCAUACGCUCGGAAACGCCACGACCCAAGAGUCCGGGCAUGAACAACGAGGAACCCAUUGAGUUAUCCCACUAUCCGGCUGCCAAGAAACCGCCACCUGGCGAGCAACCCAAAAUCGAACGAGACGAUUUUCCAGCACCGCCUUAUCCCUACACAGAUCCGGAGCGUCGACGACGCUACAGCGACACAUACAAAGGCGUACCGGUAUCGGAUGAUGACGACGAGGGCGGUGACGGCGAUCAUGCCAAUGGCAAGGCCAAGAAUGGCGAGGUCCAGACACGUUUGCAUCGCGAGGCCGAGCAGCUGGAGAAACUGAAUUCGGGCAUAGGUUCGGUCAUAGCCAAGGACUUGAAGGAGCACGCCAAGUAUAGGAAAUGGAAGCAAAACAAUCUAGAUCCGCGCAAUGCAUCGCGCACGCCGUCAGCCUCAAAGGAGCCCGUAUAUAAGCUGAGGUACGAAUCACCCAUUGGCGCCUCGCCGUCACGAAAUCUGGACCAUCAGAAGCCAUUCUACGAGGAUGAAAUGUUCGAUCGUUCGACGAGCUAUCGGGGCUCGCUGGGCAAAUCGCUGGGCAAUGCACCCAGCUAUAAUGCCAUACAUUCCUAUCGCUCGCCGCCCAAGCCCGGAUAUGGAUUCAAAACGACAGCGACCUUGCCGGCCUAUAUACGUAACGGCUAUAGCUCUGACUUCUCAUAUGGAGGUCUGGGCGACAAAACGCACAGCACAGAUCUGAGCUGCGGAAAAUCAGAGGCUUCGGUUGAUUCAAUUACCGAGGGAGACAGACGCGCAUUGAUGGGCGGUGAUUUACCCGCAUCGAGCACAUACUCGGGUGCUCUAUCCUACCACUAUCCACAGGCCGGACUCAUACGACGCAGCUUGCCGAAUAUGGCACACUCUAUGUUGGUGCACGAGCCGGCCAAAAUCUAUCCCUAUCACUUGUUGAUAAUCACAAACUAUCGUCUGCCAUCGGAUGUUGAUCGCUGUAACUUAGAGCGUCAUUUGUCGGAUAUUGAAUUCGAGCAUGUGUUGCAAUGUGCACGGUCCGAGUUCUAUCGGCUGCCCCAGUGGAGACGCAACGAAUUGAAACGACGCGUAAAGCUGUUCUAAGUGGCUGCCACAGCUGCUUUCGCCGAAACCAAAUUUAAAAAUUUACCUAUACACAGUGAAGUUCAUCACUUUUAAAAAGCAACAGCAAGGGCAUUAAAUGAGGAUAGUGGAGAAGAAAAACAACAAAAACUGCUAAGCUAAUUUCACAGCCAGUUUUGAAACACGCUUUAAAUAGAGUUGUUGCGGGUAUAAAACUAACUAAAAAAACAUACUUACAAAAAGGAAACAUAAAUAAAUAGUUACAGUAUGGAGCCAAUACUGCCUGUCGGCUCUAGUUUAUUUUUUUAAGCAUUAGUUGUGCGCGCUUAUAAAAAAUUGUAACGCCAAACAAAAAAGAAAAUCCAAAAAACAAAGUACGAAAAGAGUAUACAAAAUUUAAUAUAAUUGAUCAGUCAAAUGUUUACUUCAAGCGCUAUGUCUGGCAUAAUAACAGCUUUUUAUACACACACGAUAAAAAUGAAAAGCGAUGCAUGAGCCCAUGUAUUGUAUAUUUACGUAAUUUUGCUACUUUACACAUUGACGUUUUGGAUUUGUUUGCAAAGCUAUUUUUUUAAUUAUUUACGUUUACAAUUGUAGCUGCAUAUACAGAAAACAUACAUAAGCUAAAACAAAUGGCAAACAAAUGCAUCAAAGAAAUAAAUGUACCUACGAAUUGAAGUCAGCAAAUUCAAAACAAAUAAAUUAUAAUAACAGCUA